UCGUAGUUUGUUUACGAUAAUAUUAUUGUCGAUGUACAUGGGCUGUAAUCGCUAUUUAAUGUGAACGCUAUUAUUGUCAAUACAAUUGCAUGCUACUAAACUGUUAUUAGUCUGUGGACACGAACGUAAAUUUACCAAGUUUCUCGCUGUCGAUCUUUUCGAUUUACAAAAUUUCAAUUGCACGGACGUUCAGUCGGCGAGUCUGUCCGAACGAAAUACAAUAAUGUUUUCGAAAAUCAUGUCAUAUAUCAACAAUAAAGGCAUCCCGUUGACACCAAUGUCGAAGAAAACGAUGCCCAGUCUGUACAAAACUACUGUUGCCUUGAAAACAUGGGGUCUGUCCGGAUUGUCUUUUGGUGUUACAGGUUUUGUACUGCUAUGUUAUGUAACAGAAUGGCGCACUGUGCUACAGUUUUUUCCGUACUAUAAUGGAAAAUAUAGCCAACUGGAAAUUGAAGAUAACUUGAGGAAAAUCCAUGAGGCCGAGCUUACUUUAGAACGUAAAGAAAACUCUUUAAGAGAUUUCGAGCAUGAGAGAGAAGUAAAAAUCGAUACUGAUAAAAAAAAAUAAUUCUUUAAAUUAUAAAAUCUUAAAAUAUACAUAAUAUAGUGCAAAAUUAAAAUAGGUAGUUAUAUAAUAUUAUGUAGAUCAACCAUGUAACUUAAUG